CAGGAUCAACUAGUAUGGUAUGUCCCCAUAAUCCUUUGCGCGUCACAAUAGUUGCCAGUCAUUCUGCCGACGAGACGAAUACAGUAUGAAAGAGACAACAGCCAAGAGACGCGAGAAAUCCAAGGACUCCAAAGCUGAUAAACAGAAGGAUGCGGGCCCCGAGCCGCAGGAUGUGGAGAUGCCGGAGGAAGACUCGGCUACUGCAGAAAAGAAACCCAAGGAACUUGAUACCCUCACACUUGAAGACAUCAAGGAGCAUGUAAAGCAGAUAGAGAAGGCUGUGUCGGGCAAGGAGCCUCGCUUUGUGCUGAGGGCCUUGCGUGCCCUGCCCUCCACCAGCCGCCGCCUCAACCCCAACGUGCUGCACAAGGCUGUGUCUGGCUUCUACACCUCCAAUGCCGCCGGCAAGGAGUUCCUACUCAGCUUCCUGGAGGAGCCCAUGGACACCGAGGGAGAUGUCCAAUUCAGGCCCCGUACAGGGAAGGCAGCUGCCACCCCCCUGAUCCCUGAGGCGGAGGCCUACCUGCAGCUGCUCCUGGUGGUUUACCUCACGAACAACAAACGCUACACAGAGGCCCAGAAGGUGUCAGACGAGCUCUUGCAGAAGAUCGGCCCUCAGAACCGGCGGGCUCUGGACCUGGUGGCUGCUAAGUGUUACUACUACCACUCCCGCGUCUACGAGUUCCUCAACCAGCUGGACACCGUGCGUAGUUUCCUGCACACGCGCCUGAGGACAGCCACCUUGCGGCACGACGCCGACGGCCAGGCCACGCUGCUCAACCUGCUGCUGAGGAACUACCUGCAGUACAACCUGUACGACCAGGCUGAGAAGCUGGUGUCCAAGUCAGUCUUCCCCGAGCUGGCCAACAACAACGAGUGGGCCCGCUACCUCUACUAUACAGGUCGUAUCAAGGCUAUCCAGCUGGAGUACACAGAGGCCAGGAGGACCCUGACCAACGCCUUGAGGAAGGCCCCCCAACACACAGCUGUGGGCUUCAAACAAACAGUCCACAAGUUGCUGAUUGUGGUGGAGCUGUUGCUUGGGGAGAUCCCAGACAGGCUGCAGUUCCGCCAGGCUCCACUGAAGAGAUCCCUAGCGCCCUAUUUCCUGCUCACGCAGGCUGUCAGGACGGGUAACCUGGCCAAGUUCAACCAGGCCCUGGAUCAGUUUGGAGAGAAGUUCCAGGCAGACGGCACCUACACCUUGAUCAUCCGCCUGCGACACAAUGUCAUCAAGACAGGUGUGCGUAUGAUCAGCCUGUCAUACUCUCGUAUAUCUCUGGCAGACAUCGCUCAGAAGCUGCAGCUGGACAGUCCAGAGGAUGCUGAGUUCAUAGUGGCCAAGGCUAUCCGUGAUGGAGUGAUCGAAGCCAGCAUCAACCAUGAGAAAGGCUAUGUUCAGUCUAAAGAGACCAUGGAUAUCUACGGUACCAGGGAGCCCCAGCUGGCCUUUCACCAGAGGAUCUCCUUCUGCCUGGACAUACACAAUAUGUCUGUCAAGGCCAUGAGGUUUCCACCCAAGGCUUACAACAAGGACCUAGAAUCAGCAGAGGAGCGCAGAGAGCGGGAGCAGCAGGACCUGGAGUUCGCCAAGGAGAUGGCCGAAGAUGACGACGACAGUUUCCCAUGAUCCUCUGAGGGGUGCAAGUGCAAGGAUGCCUUGUUUUUUCCCUUUCUCUCCCCCUCCAUCCUCCCUAUUGUAAUAGUUGUUUUUGUUUAUUUCUCUGCAGGCAAAAGGCCAUUAUAACGUUAUAUAUCUGUGUUAGCAUUCUAACAUACAAUAAGAACACCUCUAUUCAACCCUACCACUGGUCCUCGUUGUCCCUGCUUUUAGACUUUGCGUGUGACUGUUAACUUGCUGGUGGAAGCAUUUGGUGUAUCUGUACUGAGUUUGAGGCCAGCACACAAAUAAACAGUCUUUGUCAUUUUAAAUUCUAAUUUGGUGAACACUAAUUUGUACAGUGUAUGUCUGGAAAACUAAGAGCUGUUUGGCACAGAGCAGCUUGUAUUUGUAAGCUUUUCUGUCAGGAAUGAUGUUGGGUCCUUGAUUUGUUAUUCUUGCUGCGCAAUGCAAUUCAAUAUCUUGACAGCUGCCCUUUCUAAAAUGCAGAAAUGGAAACUCAUAUUUCAAAAUACCUUGAGGGAAAUCAAUUAAUUUGUUGGCCCUCUUGAGAACUGCGUGCCAUUGAGCUCAACUAGUUAGAUUUCUCUGCCUCAUUGUUCACAGCUCCUGUUCCUUCCCCUGAUUUCUUCAUUUAGCUCCCUCUUCCUCCUACCUCAGGGUGCAUCCCAAUUAUC